AUGCCUAAAUCCAAUACCAACAUAUUCACCCUCUCGAUCCUUUCUCUUCUAACCAGCGUCUCCGCCUACACCACCGUGGGCUGCUACACCUCGCCCGGCCAACUAGUCUCCACGGGUACCUAUCAAUUCCAAUCCCAAGGCUACUGCCAGCAACUCUGCACGCAGCAAAACCAGCCCAUCUUCGCCCUGCACAACGGCAAUGAAUGUUACUGCGGUGACCAGCUGCCUCCAGCGGAGGAUCAAGUGUCCGCCACGGAAUGUCGGAUUCCUUGUUCGGGAUUUCCUUCGGAAUAUUGUGGUAAUUCUACGACCUGGCUGAUCAAUAACUCCACCACCACCACCACCACCACCCCCAUCAACCUAACCACCAACACCAAUACUAAGAUGAAACGCGCCUCAACCACCAACACCGAAAACGGCAUCGUCAUUGCCCCUGACUCUGAUUCCUCGGACUCCUCGGACUCCUCGAUCUCCCCCGAAACCAUCAAAGUCAACCCCACGAUGGUGGAAACGGGUAUCGCGAUGCCGAGUUCUUCUGCUGCGGAGGAUGGAGCUAAGACUGCUACUGCGGUGCCGUCGGUGACGGUGACGUCGUCGAUGGUUGUGGUGGCGUCGGCCACACCGUCCAGUACAGUGGCUGGAUCCGGAUCUGGUUCUGGGUCGGUGAGUAGUGGGGCGGUGGUGAGUCCGAGUGCGAGUGUUGGGGCUGCCCCCGGUGUAAAGUCAGGGAUGGGUGUGCUUGGGGGGGUGGUUUUGGUGGUUUGUUUGGGGGUGUAG